CCUUGCAUCCUCUACUUCCACGACACUAUGGCGGGCGGUGCCAGCGACAUUGGAGGGGGGAGUGGCGGUUCUGGAUGGAGGAGGGGCAAAACGGUAGCAGAAAAAGGAAAAGAAAAUGUUGCAAGCACCUCCGCUACAUCCUCAUCCACAGUGACCUCCAAAGACCCCACGCCGGCAAAGGACCCUUCGCUGUUCGUUCCACAAGACAAGGCGAGGCAGGACAGGUUGCAGAGGGAGAAGCCUGUGUGGAAGUACGCAGAACAGGGUCAGGAAGCCGGGGAGAAAGGGAGAGGCGAGUAUUGGGUGAGGUGUCGGUUGUGCAUGCAGAUUUGGAGGGGCACAAGCUCAAGAGUGGUGGAACAUUACCUGAAGACGCAGAAGCCGUGUCCAUCGCGCACAGGGGAAAUGGUGAAUGAGCUCGUCAAGUCCGGGGGGAAAGUGUUGUCGGGUGAUAAGAAUACGCGGUACUUGCUGAAGAAUUACAGGCAGUUGCACGGGAUUCCGAAAGGGGGGGUCGAUCAAACGGAGAAGGCCGACGAGGUGGUUGCACAAGGAGAACGCUUUGGAGGCGCCUGGGGGUCGAUCAAACGGAGAAGGCCGACGAGGUGGUUGCACAAGUUCCUGCAUACCUUGAGCCACAGCCACCGCCCACUGCGGGCAGGGGCUCUACAUGCAGGGGAUUUGCACAAGGAGAAUGCUUUGGAGGCGGUUGGGGGUGAGGCGUCGGGGUCGAACACACGGCUGUCCUCACUACAUCAGUCGACAAUAAGGAGGUGGGUGGACAACGAUGCGCAGAAGAAACAAGACAUCGCAUGGACGCAGGCCAUGUUUCCCAUUCAACUUCCUGAACUUCGAUACCACCCAGAAACUCCACGAAGUGUACCUGGAGGUGGCAAAGUCAAGACCGCAGGUGAAACUGCCCUCCUUCAACCACAUGAGAACCGUCAUGUUGGACAUUGUGUACAUGCGAGUGCAGAAGACGGUGGAGCUGUUGACGACUUGUUGGGAUGUCAGCGAGUGUACUUUCAUCACAGACGGAUCGUCGGGAGCAGCCCGUGAUGAACUUCUUGGCAGUUGGGGUGGAUGGGGCGGUUUUGGUGGCGACGGUGUCAAUGUCCGGGAGGAAGAAGACCGGACCUGCAUUGGCGAAACUUUGGGAGCAAAUCAUGUGGGAAAUCGCACUGCGUCGAAUCAAUGCGAUCUGCUCUGACAACGUGGAGGUCAACAAAAGGGCGGCUCAGAG